AUGUCGUCACCACCAACUUCCAAGCGGAUCAAAACAUCCGUCGUCCCCAGCUCACCCUCACGCUCAGUAGCCCAACAGCAGCCUGCCACGCUCGCCGGAUCCACUCCGACUCAAGGGUUUCCCGUACCAGCGCAGCCUCCGCAGCAGCCGAUACAACCCUCGAACCCGCGCAAGCGACGCUCAUCGCCAGAGCAGGUUCCUGCCUCAACCACAACCAUGGCCGCACCCCCCACCUCCACUGGCACCAGCAGCGACGCAGCCGAUCCGACUGCCGGCGCGACCACCUCGGAGCCCCCGCCGAAGAAGAAGGGGCGGACCAACACACCCUGGACCGCAGAGGAGGAACAGAGGCUGAAGGCUAUGCGCGACGCUGGGAAAAGUUGGAGUGAGAUUGCCAAGACCUUUCCUACUCGAACUGAGGGUAGUGUGAAGAAGCAUUGGUACAAGGACAUGCACUACGCCGAGUUUGCAGAAGAUGAAUCCAUAGCGCUACGGGAGGCUAUUAAGGAAUACGAGGCCAACAAAUGGAAAGUCAUUGGGCAGAAAGUCGGGAAGCCCGCCAAGGGAAAAGAGCACGGCCUUCCUCUCACUGUGCAUCCUAGUCAAGCUCCAUAUCAUCAGUGGCGCAAGUUCAAUGCUGCCGAGAAAGGCUCAACAGAGUCCAUAGCGACAUAUCACAGAUCUCAUAAUAUGCGAUGGGAUGAGAUUUACGUGGUGAUCCUACUGACACGUGGGAUGGGAAGCCAAAGCACCAUCGAGCGCAACAGAUGUCUCUCCACCAAGACUCCUUCCUUCGACAAGCCAAUUGACCGCCGUCAGAGUCGCCUGUUACGCUAUUUGGCACGGCCAUCUCCGUCGUCAUCAAGGAUGGAGCCGAAAAAUGAAGAAAUAAACGUAGCAGAGUCCAGCGAUAAGAACAAUUUCACUACCCCUUCCUUACGCGUGCCAAAUGAUGUACUGCCGAACGAUGGCGCUGCAAAUCAUAGCCGGCCUAUCGGCGCGCGCCUUGGUGAUUACGUGAAGCAAUUUGAACAACAACUGGUCGAGUACAACCUCGAAGCUCGUGGGAUUCAGCGAGUGGAGGAGGACGAACGGCUUUCUCUGACGUGGAUUGCGUACCUACAAGUGUUUCUAUUAUGGGUGUCUAUCAACCUCGCAGCGAACAACAUCACACUGGGGAUGCUUGGUCCGGCAGUCUACGAGCUCAGUUUUCUAGACUCGUCCCUCUGCUCCGUUCUCGGUGCCGUCCUCGGCUCACUAGCAGCUGCGUGGUCGGCCACUUGGGGUCCGAUCUCUGGGAACAGGACUCUUGUAGGAGCUAUUUUCUCUACACGCACUGCACGGGAUGUGGCUGAUUUUGGAAUUAUAUCAGGUCUUUGGACGUUACGCGAUGGGAUGGUGGCCAAGCAAGAUUGUGGUUCUCUUGAACAUCAUCCAGAUGGUUGGAUAUUGUCUGAUCGACUGCGUGGUGGGUGGCCAGAUUCUGUCUGCAGUGUCGCCGAACUCGAGCAUGUCGGUAGCAGAAUUGUAAUCGUUGCCAUUAUUAGCUGGGGGGUUGCUACAUUCGGUAUUAAAUUUUUCCACUACUAUGAACGGUUUGCCUUCCUGCCCCAGCUGAUUGUCAUCUGCAUUCUGUUCGGGGUAUCGGCGAAAAAAUACGAUCUCGCAAGCCCAUCUCAAGGUGACCCGCGCACCGUCACGGGGAACAGGUUGUCAUUCUUCUCCAUCUGCCUAAGUGCAGCGAUUACCUAUGCUCCUCUCGCGGCCGACUUCUUUGUCUACUACCCGCCACACACCCCGAAAGUGGUCUGUUUCGGCCUUACCUUCUUUGGUCUGGCUCUCUCAUUUACAAUGCCUUUCCUUGUUGGAAUCGGGCUGGCCAGCGGCAUUGCUACCCAUCCGGAGUACUCUGCCGCAUGGUCGUCCGGAGCUGGUGCACUGAUCGUUGAAGGAUUCGGUCCUCUGCACGGAUUCGGCAAAUUCUGUUCCGUCGUUGUCGCCCUGGGUCUGAUCUCGAACACGAUCCCGCCGACGUAUUCGACCGGAAUCGACUUCCAGAUCCUGGGACGCUACGCGGAGAAGGUACCGCGGAUCGCAUGGAACACGUUUGGCGCGGUGAUCUACACCGUCUGCGCCCUGGCGGGCAGGGAGCAUCUGUCGGAGAUCUUCACCAACUUCCUCGCCCUGAUGGGCUACUGGGUGGCGAUCUGGUUCGCGAUCCUGCUCGAGGAGCGGUACCUGUUCCGGCGGCGGCGACGGGGGUACAACUGGGCGGCGUGGGACGACCCGACCAAGCUGCCGAUCGGCCUCGCGGCGUUUGUCGCGUUCCUGGUGGGCUGGGCGGGUGCGAUCCUGUGCAUGGCGCAGAUCUGGUACGUGGGUCCACUGGCCAAGUUGGUGGGCGAGUAUGGAGCGGAUAUGGGCAACUACGUGGGCUUCUCCUGGGCAGCCCUUGUAUAUCCUCCACUGCGAUACAUGGAACUCCGUCGAUUUGGGAGGUAG